GGUGCAGAGGACAUUAUCCCUUAGGGACUCGUAGUCCUCCACGGCGGGAAAGGUGCCUGAAAUGAUACAGUACAACUCUAUAUGGUUGAACUGUGCGCAGGCGACACUGAAGAGGAGGAUAUUGAGAGGGAAGGAGGGGGAACGAUGGGGGAAGACCGUGCAUAGGAGCCGUGCGGCAAAGUGAUGACAAAAGAUGCGGCUGGCGAAGAUGUGAUAGUCCAGGGGGAAUUCAAGGUGGGGGACGAAAGGAGAGGUAAUCAAGGGGGCGGCGGAAGACGGGACGAGGAUGGUAAGUCCGGGCCGGGAGGAGGACGGGGACGAAGCGUGGAGGAGGUGGAAACGGAGGGAGAUGGUGAGCGAGAGCGGCGACGCCGGCGGGAGGUUGCUGCGCCAUCGUGCCGACUAGCGGCGUCUGAGGGAACGGCGGGAUUCAAGGCGGAUCCUCCUCGAACGGAAGGCGGCGCUUGUGCUGGUGGGGCCUCUCGGGGCUCAGGUGUCGAUGCCUCUUCUUCUUCCUUUGUCGUCGACCGUGCUUCCGACUCCUCUUCCUCCGAUAGCCCGCCGAUGGCUAUGCGACCCGGGUCAUCGUCCGACGGCAGCUCCCCGUUUUCUCAAUAUGCCUUCCAAAAAUCGUCGAAGUCGGAGUUAUCCGGUGCAAGUUCGUCCAGGUCCAGGUAGCACCAAACCGUAUGAUCGUGAUCGCUUAGAUACUGCCCGUAAUCAAUCCUUACAGUUCGC